AUGUACAGAGAGUUUGCUGCGGGCCGAGCCUUGCCAUAUGAACAAGGCAACAGUGCAUAUCAUGCUCUGCUGGGCCAGACUAAAUUUUGUCCUCUUGGUCAGAUAUGGAUUCCUGGGAGGUUGAUUACGUACCGGGCCAGACUAAGUUUGGUUAGGCAAUGGACACUGCUGAACCAGCUUGUUCUCAGUAGGAAAGAACAAGCGUGGAGUAGGAUGGGAUCAAUUGGUAAAGAAGAGCUGCUGAAGAUGGAGAAGAUGCAAAUGGCGAGUGCCCGCGAGGAGAAGAUUCUUGUUUUGGUGAGGUUGAGGCCUUUGAGUGACAAGGAGAUUGUGGCAAAUGAAGUAGCAGAUUGGGAAUGUAUCAAUGACACCACCAUCUUGUACCGGAAUACCCUUCGUGAAGGCUCCACAGUAUUUCGAGGUGACAACGCUACGAUGGAAGUGUACGAGGAAGGAGCCAAGGAAGUUGCCCUUUCAGUUGUCAGUGGUAUUAACUCAAGCAUCUUUGCUUAUGGACAAACGAGCAGCGGAAAAACAUACACCAUGAUGGGAAUAACUGAGUAUACAGUAGCAGAUAUAUUUGACCAUAUGCAUAGGCAUGAAGAGAGAGCAUUUGUUUUGAAGUUCUCAGCAAUUGAGAUAUACAAUGAAGCUAUUAGAGAUUUGCUUAGCACGGACAGUACUCCACUUCGACUGCUUGAUGAUCCAGAGAAAGGGACUGUAGUGGAGAAAGCCACUGAGGAAACACUAAAGAACUGGGACCAUCUAAAGGAGCUUCUCUCUAUUUGCGAAGCUCAAAGACGGAUAGGGGAGACCUCCUUGAAUGAGAAAAGCUCCAGAUCCCAUCAAAUUCUUAGAUUGACAAUUGAAAGUUCUGCUCGUGAAUUCUUAGGCAAGGAAAAUUCGACCACUCUUUCUGCCACUGUGAAUUUUGUUGAUUUGGCGGGAAGUGAGCGUGCAUCUCAGGCACUGUCCACUGGGGCGAGAUUGAAAGAAGGCUGCCACAUUAACCGCAGUUUACUGACUCUGGGAACUGUUAUUCGCAAGCUAAGUAAGGGGAGACAGGGACACAUCAAUUACAGAGAUUCUAAGCUGACACGGUUACUGCAGCCUGCAUUAGGCGGCAAUGCUAGAACAGCCAUUAUCUGCACAUUAAGCCCUGCACGUAGCCACGUUGAGCAAACUAGAAAUACUCUUUUGUUUGCUUGUUGUGCAAAAGAAGUUACUACAAAAGCACAGGUCAAUGUAGUCAUGUCUGAUAAGGCAUUGGUUAAGCAUUUGCAAAAAGAGGUGGCUAGGUUGGAGAGCGAGUUGAGAAGCCCUGCCCCUACUUCCUCAACUUGUGAUUAUGUAUCACUACUGAGAAAGAAAGAUCUUCAAAUUCAAAAGAUGGAGAAAGAGAUUAGAGAGUUGACUAAGCAGAGGGAUCUUGCUCAAUCUCGUGUAGAGGAUUUGCUACAAGUGAUUGGAAAUGAUCAAAAUUCAAGAGAAGAGAAUGGGAUCAGUCAUCUUCACAAUCCGCAAGCGGGAGAUACUUGGGAAGAUGAAUGUUCAGUAUCUGAAUCAUCAGGGAUGGGUGAUCCUCAUUAUCUCAAUGGAGGUGUUAGAAAGCUCGACGCUGCUUGUUAUGGUGCAGACAGUGGGAGCAAUGAUGAGGAACCGUACCACCUUCAUGACAACACCAGCAACCAUGGGUUCUCUGAUGGUAUUUCUCCUCCAAUGUCAAUAGGAAAGACGAUUGUCAGAUACAAUUCAUAUGAUAAUCUGGAGGAUGCUACAGAAGAUGCUGAUGACUACUGCAAGGAAGUUCAGUGUAUUGAAAUGCAAGAGACAAGGAACGGGAGCAAUUUUGGACACCGUUCCAUAUCGAAUGGUGAAAAUGAAGGAACUUUGGCUUUGACAGCAUUCAGGGAUGAAGCCACGGAAGGGACUCACGUGCAAAAUGGAUUUACAUAUGAUGUUUUGGAGCAGAGAUUGCAUCACGUGCAAGGGACCAUUGAUACUCUUGUCACUCCUUACCCUGAUGAAUCAUCUCCACAGUCCUCAGUAGCUGAUAUGUCAACUUCUAGAAGCCUGAACUUAACAAGGAGCCGGAGUUGUAGAGAGAAUUUCAUGAGUGGCUCUUCUCCUGGAUUUGAGAAGGCAGAACAAAUUGAGAGUACACCACCUAAUGGUUUCGAGAAAAAUUUUACUGGGAGACCAGCAGGAUCCCGAAGGAAAAUUCCUCCACUAGAUUUUGGUACCAAUGGUACAAUGUUAUCGAGAAAUGAUUCUCAGUCAUCUCUUGGAAGUGCUUGCACUGAUGACUUAAGAUCACAGAGCAUCAGAACUUCUGCAGAUGAGGAUGUUCCUAGCAUCCACUCUUUUGUUGCAGGACUGAAGGAGAUGGCCCAGGAGGAGUAUGAGAAGCAACUUGUUGAUGGUCAGGUUCAGGAGACACAGCCAAUGGCUGAUAAAUAUGAAAAAAGUUCAAAAGAGAUAGGGUUGGAUCCUACGCAUGAAUCACUGGGAACUUCUCACAAUUGGCCUCUUGAAUUUGAGAGACAGCAGAGAGCAAUACUGGAACUCUGGCAAACUUGCAAUGUCUCAUUGGUCCACAGAACCUACUUUUUCUUGCUCUUCCAAGGCGAUCCAACAGAUUCCAUAUACAUGGAAGUGGAGCUUAGGAGACUUUUCUUCCUCAAGGAAACAUUUGCUCAAGGAUAUCAGGGCACAGGAGGUCGUCGGCCUCUCACACUAGCUUCAAGCAUCAAGGCUCUUCAUCGUGAGAGAGGGAUGCUAAGCAAGCUGAUGAACAAGAGGUUUUCAGAAGAAGAGAGAACCAGACUUUACAAGAAGUGGGGUAUUGGACUGAACUCAAAGCGUAGAAGGCUGCAGUUGGCAAACUGUUUAUGGAGCAACACAAAGGAUGUUAACCAUGUCAUGGAAAGUGCUGCCAUUGUUGCGAAGCUGGUCAGAUUCGUAGAACAGGGACAAGCUCUCAAGGAGAUGUUCGGGCUUAGCUUUACUCCCCCAACCUCCAGCACAAAGCGAAGGUCCUUGGGAUGGACAUACAGCAAGUCAUCCCUUUUGUAG